UCUCCUCCCAUCGUGCUUGCCCGCCCCUGAGUCUGGAGCAGCAGCAGCAGUGGAGCUUCACUGCCUCUCCUCGCCUCACAGUGCGGGAAUAUACCAGCGGAGAGCAGAAUGGAUACGGAAGGGAGCCAGAGCAGCCUGUCCUCCGGCACGGACAACUCCCCCCACGACCCCUGCAAAAUGUUCAUCGGGGGUCUGAGUUGGCAGACAACACAAGAGGGCUUGAAGGAGUACUUCUGCAAAUUUGGCGAGGUGAAGGAGUGCAUGGUGAUGCGGGAUCCCGUUACCAAGCGGUCGAGGGGGUUCGGCUUUGUAACUUACGCGGAGCAGGCCGGCGUGGAGAAGGUUUUGGCGCAAAACAGACACGAGCUGGAUUCCAAGACGAUCGAUCCAAAGGUGGCGUUCCCCCGCCGGGCUCAGCCCAAACUGGUGACCAGGACAAAGAAGAUCUUUGUCGGAGGACUGUCAGUCAAUACCACCAUCGAAGAUGUGAAGCAAUACUUUGACCAGUUUGGAAAGGUCGAUGAUGCCAUGCUUAUGUUCGACAAAACAACCAACAGACACAGAGGUUUCGGCUUUGUUACCUUCGAGAACGAAGACGUGGUGGAGAAAGUGUGUGAGAUCCACUUCCACGAGAUCAACAACAAAAUGGUGGAGUGCAAGAAAGCCCAGCCCAAGGAGGUGAUGACGCCGACGGGCUCAGCCAGAGGCCGUUCCAGGGUGAUGCCCUACGGGAUGGACGCCUUCAUGCUGGGCAUCGGCAUGUUAGGUUACCCAGGUUUCCAGACUACUACCUACACCAGCCGCAGUUACUCUGGAAUUGCGCCUGGUUACACUUACCAGUUCCCAGAAUUCCAUUUAGAGAGGACCCCCCUCCUGACUUCAUCCCACCCCCCUGAGCUGACAGCCAUUCCCCUGACUGCAUAUGGACCAAUGGCAGCAGCCGCAGCAGCAGCAGUAGUUAGAGGCUCCACCCCUUCACGCACAGCUGGCUUCCUGGGCACCAGCAGCCCCGGACCAAUGGCUGACCUGUAUGCUGCAGCCAAUCAGGACUCAGGAGUCAGCAGCUACAUCAGUGCCGCAAGCCCCGCCCCCAGCACAGGGUUCGGCCACGGUCUCGGGGGUCCUCUGAUUGCUACUGCGUUCACUAAUGGCUACCACUGAGGACACUCAGGUCUCUGAGGAUAGGAGAGCUUCUCCUCUGCUGAUGAGCCAAUCACAGUGCUGGCUGCCCAUUGAUGGCACAAAGUGAUUGGCCGGCCACUGGCUCUUUACCAAGGCUCCAAGUGGCUCCACCCACCGACUGAAUAUCUUUUUAAAUCCAGAACUCUUGUUUUGCUGUACUAAUCUCACUUCAACAUAAACGUCCCCGUUUUCUCCUCUUUUUGUCCCCGUGUAGUGUAACAUCUAGGUCCCCGCCUCCCUCAGUUAUCCAUUUUUUUUUCCUCCUUUUGAAGCUGAGAAAAGAAAACUGCAAAAAAAAAAAAAAAAAAAAAAACAUCUCUGAGGAAACGUUUUUUGAGAAAGACGCAGAGAACUAUUUUGAGUUUUUUUUUUUUUUUUAAUUUUAAUUAUUAUUUUAUUUCAAUGUGAUCUGUCAUUUUAUCAUGAAAUCCUUCAAAGCCGUCACACUGACGUGAGCAGAAAGAGAAAAAGCCGUGCGAGAUGGGUCUUUGUCUGAGAACCAUUUUUAAGGAAGAACAAAUCCAACAAAGUCCUUUUUUAACUCAAGUGUCACGGAAACAUGGGGAAAAACAAAAAAAAAAAACUAAAAUGUAUAUUUUGGUAGUCUUUAAAAACAAAACCUUUGUAAUAUUGUUAUUAAUAUUGACAUAAUAAUGAUAAUCUGUAAGGUAUUUUAUUCUGUAAUUGGUUUUAAAGCAAUGUUUUUAUGUCUUUCUGUAAGAUAUUGUACAUAGACACUGGGGUGGGGCGGGUUGGGGCGGGAUGGGAUGGGGGGGUUGGAGGGGGUUGCUGAACCAGCUGGCAUGUCAUUGGUUGGUUUGGAAGGGGUUAGCAGCUACUCGGCUGAAUGUCAUCUACUACUACUAUCUGCUGUCAUCUCACUACUUUUAUCAGCACACAUAUAUACGUGUAUGCGUGCGCCGUGCGCCAGGCCGCUCUCGCGUCACUCCAGCGCAGCGUCGUCCACGGCGGCCGCUGACAAAUAAACUUCCGGGAGUUCGCCUUGGCAGAUUUAUUCACUUAACUAACAGUUUUUUUUUUGUUUUUGUUUUGUUUUGCCUCAAAGUCGCCCCUAUCGUUUGCUUUACAUCUCGAGGAAGCAAAUGUCGUCUCUUGCAUCUUCAUCCAUCAGAAAGUUUCAGAUUCAACACAACGGACUAGGAAUGAAAUAAAAAAACAAACAACCUUUUAGAGGAGAACAGGAUAAAUCAGGGGUUCAUGGGAUCGGGGGUUGACCUGACUUCCUCUUUUUAAAAAUAUUAUAUAUAUUUUUUGCGCAAUUCACUUGUUAAUGUUUUUUUUUUGUUGUUGUUGUUUGUUUCUGUUUUAUUUUAUUCCUUUUUUUUGUUAAUUGUUUUCUUUUUUUGAAGAUUUUCUUUUAUGGCGGCGCUCUCCGCCGUGAAAACAGAUGAAGGACAUUUUCAGAGAAGCAGGUGUAGAAAAUCACGAUCAUGGUUCUGUCCUCUUAUCACUAUUGAAGGUGCAUGUGAUUGCGUCUGAGUGCGUGUGAGUGAGUGUUUGUGCGCAUACAUCAAGGUGUAAUAUGGAACUACUUUUUGGCAACGAAGGAGCAGUUUGAUUGCCUUUGUUUCUUUGGUACUGAAAAACAAACAAACUAAAAAAAAAAAAAAAAAAUCACCCUGUUCCAUUUUGGUUCAUCUGCUCCUCUCCCCCCCUGACUCUCUCCCAUUUCAUGUUUAGUCCUAACAAAUUUUUCGCGCGCCUCUGGAAACAACAUAUUAUUGUUUAUAUAUAGUUGCUGCUCCAUGUAGUGGUGAACGGACAGGGUUUUUCGGGCAGGGAACCAGAAAUGGGACAGGGUCUCGCUCCCGGUCGCCUCUGACGCAGGAAUCUCAGUUAGAAGACGACGCUGGCUGGCAGGAAAAGUACAAAAAAAAAAAAAAAAGAAAAAGCUGGAACAAACUCAACGCGUGCAAAAACAAGAAGCCUGUUUGUUCAGCCUUCUUGCUAUAGCCUGUUUGAUGUUCAGCGCAGCAUAAAGCUUCCUGAUCCAGCCAGCAGUUCCUCUGUCAGACAGGCUGGGACACGAUGAAAAAAAAAAAAAAAAAAAAAAAAAAAAACUACUGCUGGACACCAACACUGUAACUUUUUAACUUACAAUAAAGCAAUAAGUUAUUUUUUACCUUACAAAUGAAAAUAGUACUAUUAUUGGUAAUAGCAGACGACAAGUGGAUAAUUCUGCGGCAUUAAGACUUAUUUUCAGAAAAAAAAAGAAAGUAUAUUUUUCUGUUUUGAGAUCUUGUUCCCUUGUAUAUUGAUUUUAAUGAUGUCUUUUGUUGUUGCUGAUGUAAAGAGAAGGGCCAACGCUUCCAAUGGAGCCUGUAGCUCUGCGUGAGCUCGGUUAAAGUUAAAGAUUUGGGCUGUCCCCCGCCAAGCUUUACAGGAACGCUUUUCUUUUUUCCUUGUUUUGUUUAUUUUUUAGUUUUGUUUUGUUUGUUUUUUUUUUUCUGACAAUUUCAAUUUGAAAAUCCUAAUAAAUUAUUCUAAAGCGUU